AUGCACCUUCGUGCAGCGACGCGGUCGCUGGCCCGCAGUCAAUGCAUGCUGCGCCGCUAUUCCUCCAAUCCACAGCCUCAAGGCAACAACAUCGCGUCGUUACUCUCAGAACCUACCUGGUCUGUUCGCUCUCUCCUUCCAGACUCUGCCUCGCAGUCAAGCGCACCAUCAAUUUCUCCGAAACAACUUCACCAUCUAUUGCGACUCUCCGCGCUUCCACCACCAGCUACCCCCGAAGAAGAAAGAUCCAUGCUUCAGACCCUCGAAUCGCAAAUACAUUUCGUGAAGGAGAUGCAGAGUGUCGAUACCAUAGGCGUUGAGCCCUUACGCAGCAUUCGUGACGAGACACUGGCUGCAAAUAAGGAGACGAGUAUCGGCCUGGACCGUCUAAAGGACGCAUUGGCACAAGAACAUGUCAGCGGAAGGAGGAAACGAAUCCAACGAGUUGAACAAGAGAAAACUGGGAGAUCAGAGGACUCAAUUUGGGAUGGAUAUGCUCUCCAAUCCGCCUCCAAGACAAAGGGGCCAUACUUUGUUGUUGAGACGGGCCCAGGCGCAAGUGCAACUAAAGGCACAGGCAAGUCGACAUGA